GCAAGGCCAGGGCUUGGAGAACCGGAAUCUAGCCAGAGUCCUGGGGAGGCUGAGGCGGGGAACCAGAUCCCCGAGGACAAAGAUGGGCGGGCCACUGGGAUUCACCGACGCUGCUCGCUGCCCGGAGCUGCUCCAACGAGCGCCAGGCCUGUGGCUUGAACAAACUUUCCUGCAGCACAGGGGCGGAGAAGCCGGGCUGGAGGCUUCUCCCCCGGGCCUCUGCUCUCCUCCACCUGCCAGCGCUCAGCCUCCGCCCAGCCUUCUCCCACCCCAGCUCCCUCCCCCUCCCCCGCAUACUCCGCUCACUCAGACUCCUGUCUCCUCUCUCCCCUCCUCCUUCUCCCUAUUGCCUUUCUCCCCCACUUUUCUCCUGUCUCUUCUUUUGUAUUCUCUCCUCCCUCGCCGCCCCGGUUGCCUCUCGCCUCCUCCGGGCCGCAGGGGAGGAGGUGAGCGCGCUGCGCCCGGGGCCUGCGCGGCGCAGAGGGAGGCGUUUCUCCUACUUCUCCCGGGUAAUUUGGAGAGGUUGUGUGUGUGUGUGCGCGCGCGCGUGAGCUCCAGGCAAAAAGGGGUAGGAUUCAGCGCCGAGCAGAGAGGGUCAGGGUCUUUGACGUUCCUCGCCAGCUGCACAAACCUCCCGGAGCAAGUGUGAGUGUGGGUGAGAGUGUGCGCGGGCGCACGGGCUGGCCGUUCUUGGCACGCUUGGUGGCCCGGGGCCCCGGGGCCCGGGGUCCCGUCUGGCGGCCAGGGAUUACGGUGACGUCACAUUGAGCCUCUGGCCACCUUGGACUGGGACACCUCCGGAGCCUCAUAGCCCCGCGCCGCGCCGCGUCUCACCUCGCCACCACGCGCCUUUGGGAACCCGCAUCUUCUUCCUUCCCCUGCCCAUCCAUGGGCCCUUCUGUCUUCCGGACUCCACGGGCCAGAGGGGUGCCUUCCAGAGCACACAGCUCCGCAGCCGGGCUGCCCUCAGCUCUGCCUCCGCUCGGGCCAACCAGGCGGAGGAGCCGGCGCUGGGCACCCGCAGCCGUGUAAGGAACUGAGACGCCGCACGGCUGGGGGCGCCGAACAGCUGGGCUGAGACGGGAACUUGAAAGGGAAGAGGGAGGCGGGCCAGGGACAGCCACCAUGUCCUUCCCGCACUUUGGACACCCGUACAGCGGCGCUUCCCAGUUUCUGGUGUCUGCAAGUUCCAGCACCACAUGCUGCGAAUCCACCCCACGCUCAGUCUCAGAUGUGGCAUCUGGCUCCACCCAGGCGCCCGCUCUCUGCUGCGCACCCUACGAUAGUCGGCUGCUGGGCAGUGCGCGACCGGAGCUGGGCGCCGCCUUGGGCAUCUAUGGAGCCCCCUACGCAGCCGCUGCAGCUGCCCAGAGCUACUCCGGCUACCUGCCCUAUAGCCCGGAGCCGCCCACACUGUAUGGGGCACUGAAUCCACAGUAUGAAUUUAAGGAGGCUGCAGGGAGUUUUACACCCAGCCUGGCACAACCAGGAGCCUAUUAUCCCUAUGAGCGGACUCUGGGGCAGUACCAAUAUGACCGGUAUGGUGCAGUGGAAUUGAGUGGUGCAGGUCGCAGAAAGAAUGCCACCCGGGAGACCACCAGCACACUCAAGGCCUGGCUCAAUGAGCACCGCAAGAACCCCUACCCCACUAAGGGUGAAAAGAUCAUGCUGGCCAUCAUCACCAAGAUGACUCUCACCCAGGUGUCCACCUGGUUCGCCAAUGCACGCCGGCGCCUCAAGAAAGAGAACAAGAUGACUUGGGCACCCAAGAACAAAGGUGGGGAGGAGAGGAAGGCAGAGGGCGGAGAGGAGGACUCGCUAGGCUGCCUAAAUGCUGACACCAAAGACGUUACUGCUAGCCAGGAGGCCCGGGGGCUCCGGCUGAGUGACCUGGAAGACCUGGAGGAAGAAGAGGAGGAGGAGGAGGAAGAAGAACCUGAAGACGAGGAGGCUAUGGCCACAGAUGCGGACAGGCUGGCGGAGUUCCGUAAGGGCGCGCAGUCCCUGCCUGGGUUGUGCGAUGCAGCUCGAGAGGGCCGACUGGAGCUCAGGGAGUGCGGCCUGGCCGCUCCUCGCUUCUCCUUCAAUGAGCCUUCCGGAUCAGAAGAAGCUGAUUUCCUCGCUGUGGAGCCAGGUGGCCCCAGGUUGACCAUGCACUACCCGUGCGUGGAGAAACCGCGCAUCUGGUCUCUGGCGCACACUGCAGCAGCUGGCGCUGUAGACGGUGCACCCCCAACCCGGCCCAGACCACGAAGUCCUGAGUGCCAUAUGAUUCCCGGACAGCCUCCUGCCUCUGCCCGGCGACUCGCGGUCCCCAGAGACUCCGCGUGCGACGAGUCUUCCUGCAUAGCCAAAGCCUUUGGAAACCCCAGGUUUGCCCUGCAGGGACUACCGCUGAACUGUGCGCCGUGCCCGCGGAGGAGCGAGCCUGCAGUGCACUGCCAGUACUCGUCUGGAGCAGAAGGUAGUGGGCCCCCAACGGCGCUGGGAGUAUCUGUGCAAAAGACACACACCUACCGCCCUGCCCGGCAAUUGCACACCCCUUUGCCACUCCUGUCUGCCCAGGUCUCCCACAGACCUGACGGGAGACUGCUUCACAGCACUCUUUCAGAAGGAAGCUUAGAGAUAAAAGUUCUAGUACUCCCUUAUUUUAAAGCCAAAUAAUAAACUCACAGGGAGACUGUAAUUAUCUAGAAUCACUUAGCCGUUCGAGAGAUGGACAACCAAGAUCUCCGCAUUUGUGGUCAAGUGUACGGCCAAAUUCACCAGGUGUGCAUCACCAUGCCCCUCUAGCACAAUGGCCCUUGCCCCCUGCCUGCCCUUCAGAGGAGACCCCCUGGUCCCCUGCUGUGCUGCUUGGAUAGUUUACUAGGGUUGGGCAGGCACCAGGGCUUUUGGAGAAGUCAGAGACUGCGGGCCAGACGCACACCAUAGAUUUACGGUUAGUGUGUAAGUCUACUUUGCAGCCCUCUCUGUGUCCCACCAAAACCCCUGGAGAGUUGUAGACAUGUCCCUGUGGUCAACAACUUUAGGCCCCGGAUUGGUGCUGUCCCUGGAGGGCACUCUGCCAAGGGCUCAUCCCCAGGCAGGCCAGUGACUGCCAAUCAGUGUCCUCUGAUGCUGGCUGAUUCUUUCACUGUGUUAAGGACCUGGUGGAAGGGAACUUCACCCACAAAGGGACACUCCCCAAGCAUGAGGCAGCCUCCAGCAAUUACUGUCAGAUUCUGCUCUUUGUAGUAAUUUUCUCUCAGGAUUAGCUGCUGGCUUAGAAAAGUGGGUUACACUGUUAUUUGAAUUUACACAACGGAUCCAAACAUUACCCCUGACAAGCUAAUUGCCUCUAGACCCUUUGCUUGUCUCCAGAAGAGACAUGGCCAACCCAGAGGUUCCCUAAGAAUUGCCACUAAGCGGCCUUUGGGUUUUAAUCAACCU